UCGACUAGUUGUUGCCCUGGAAACUAUUAACACUAAAAAUUAACCAGUCUUAUUCAUUUUUAAACCUUUCUGUUAGUUUGUUAUAUCCACCACAGAAUGUUGUACGCCUUGCAGCCGCAACUAAAGUACUUUGCUUUUCUGGGACUAGUUCCUUGGUCUGAGAAUGGGCAGUAUCUACAGAAGGCUUACUCAAUUUUUUUAAUAUUAUUUAAUGUGGGUUUUCUUGGAUGUGGCAUUUUCAUCGAAAAUAACGAAACCAUUUUUCUCUCGGUGCUGGUCAAUGUGGUUGUUUUUGUUGCCAAGAUUGUGUGCUCGAUCAUAGUACUAGUGCAGAUGAUAGUGCACCAUAAUGACUACUAUAGAUUCUGUUUCAAAAUGAAGAGCAUAGAACAGCGAAUUCAAAGUGAACUUAAAAUAUCUGGCAAGAGAUUUAAAUGUUCAAGCAUAUAUAAGAUCGUGGGACUGGCAUUGAUGUCCAUCUUCGGCUUUAUCCCAUCCAUAUAUGUAGCCCUCCGACUAAGCCUCGAGUACUUUUGGUCCUCGAUCAUGUCUCUGAUUAUCAUCAGGGGACAGUUUGUACUUUUGAUGCUUUACAUUGAUUUGAUGAGUGAGAUCGUAUAUAUCUUGGAAAAUCGGAUCCAGACCGUUCUCAACUGUCACAUACUAAGUGGAAACUGCAUCCUGGAUGGAAACUGCAAGAAACUCUGUUCCCUGGAAUACCUUUUGUCGCUCAAACAGAGCUACAUGGAACUACAUAGCCUGUUUAUCUAUUUUAGCCACCUUUUUGGCUGGUCCAUCCUCAGCAUAUAUGUGGUUAUGUUCUUGGACAGUACUGUGGACUUAUAUUGGACCCAACAAGUACUAGCCGGGUUCUACGACAACACAUUCCUGUAUUCCACAUGCUCGGGUUUCUUUCCAGCAAUAGUCUUAAUUUUGGUUUUUUGUCGAUUAGGUGAACAAUGCCGAAAACAGAGCCUACUUAUUGGCAGCCAUGUCCGAGGACUCACCUGCAACAUUCACAAUUUGGGAGAACCUGCCUACAUCGAUCUGGUCUCAGAAUUUGUGAUGCAAGUGGAGCAUAAUGCCUUAGAAAUUAAUGUUGAGGGGUUCAUGAUCAUCGAUAAUUCCCUUCUGAUGUCGAUACUAGCAGCUACGGUUACUUACCUCAUAGUUCUGAUGCAAUUUAGUUCUUUGUAGAGAUUUUUAAUAAGGAUGGAUUAUAAUAAUGCUUAAUUAAAUACACAAAUGUUUGGUCCACUUAAUUUUUUAUUAUAGUUUUCAAACUGACAUAAUUAGAUAAGAUAAAAAGGCCUAUGAAAUGUUUUAUCGUACAUUCCCAAUUUGGAAAAGUUACCAUAUCUUAUCAGAAGCCUUGAAUUAACCAAAAUAAUUUUAUUAUCAACAUCCGCACAUUUCAGUAUAAAUAAAAAUGUAUAAAUUCAAAAAGUGCAACUUCGCAACAAAUAUUUCAGUCAUCAGGUGUUUAGUUUAGCUUGACAUUCAUUGGUGGGGGGUAAAAAUAAUAAUGAUAAGACGAGGAGUUCAUCUAUUUUUUUGAAAUCAUACAUUUAAUACAGUAAACAAUUUUGAGCAUGUGAUCAACUGCUGCUAGGUGGUGAAAUUUUGGGGCCCGUCUAUAAAAAAGUAGAAACAACUGAAUGUUCGGU